AUGGCCACGUCACAAGCCCAACUCCCCCGCAGCGUGCGGGCUUUGCUUUGGGGCUCCUUGCGCGCAGCUAACGGAAAACCUCUCCGACCCUCUGGGGGCGAUCGUGCAGAACUGCCCCUCAUGGGGAGUUAUCUGAGCCGGGAUCGGUCUCACUCACAGUCCCCCGAUCUACGGGGCGGCCACCACCAUAAGAAACCUGUGCGCCUCGGGUCCUUGCACCAUGGCCAUCGGAUUCCUCCAGCUUUCCGGGUUCACGCGGUAGCCCCGUCCUUGAACUUGGCCCGGAGGGUGUCCUAUGAGGAUCGUGUGGCGUCUGCAAGUCGUCGUCAGCACUGCCGGCGACUUGUGAUCGUCCAUAGGCAACGGUAUCCAGUAGAGCAGGCUCGGUGUGUGUUUCUCGGGGUCUUCUCCUCAGCGACCUGGAAGGACCAGCAGAAGAAGUCGGUGCUGUCUGUGUCCAGCUCCAAGAUGCCCUGUCCUUCAGUGAGCCUGAACUUGACAUCCGCUAAGGGUAAAGUCACCCUGCGGCUGGCUCUCCAGCAGUCAGUCUUGAAUAUAUGGUCUUCACUCACUGGCCACCUCUCAUUUCCAUAUGCAAAAGAGAUCGUGGUGAUAAAAGCCCUUCGAGACAGUGGCAGUCAAUCAAAAGCCAAGGAAGAGAAAGAGGAAGAGCUGGCUACCUUGGGGGACAGGGUAGAAGGGCUGGCCAAGCAGGAAAGCCAGAUCGUCUCCAAAAGGCAGCAUGGUGCCAGGAAGGCGUUGGAUGGCAGAGACACGGCACCAUCUGCGUUCAGGCGCCUGGUGGUCAAUGGGGUACUUUCUUCUUUUAUGCCCAGGCCUGGGCCUCUGAAGAGAGAAUUUUGCCACAAGACCUCACUAAGCAGUCUGCUUUCGAAAUCCCAGAUCUCCACAAGCUCAUGCAGCCAAAGGAAUGCGAUCGCAAGUUCUUACAGUUCCUCCACUGGAGGUUUCUCCAUCCUGCAGAAGAAAAAGAGUGGACGUACUGCAGGACUUCCUUCUCUGGCAUCCUCUUUUCCCCCAAAGCCGAAACGCAAGACUCCUCUGCUGAUGCCCUGGAGAAGAAAUGACCCAUUGAUCCUACCCCCGCCCCUACAGAUAGGCUAUCCCAUCACUACCAAAGAUCUAGACCUAGAAAAGAUAGCCAUGAUCCAGUGGCUCAACAAGGUCUUGAAGGAGGAUGGAGCUAAGACCCACAGCAGUUAG